GAUUGCUCCAUACACAUUUAAGAAAUGUUACAAAUCUAAUAUGUAAUACCCUGUUUCCUUACAUUAUUUGACUUAUUAAAAAUUUGAAUAAGUUGAAUGUAACAUCGUAAUUUAAUUAAGUUAAAGUAAAUUAUGUGUUCGGCACUUGAACAUCACAAACAACAAGAAUAUUGUCGCACCAGAUUAACAUAUAGACAAGGAAAAGAACUCAAAGCUGUUAAGGUAUAUACUGUAGCAAAUGAAUCUUCACAUUUAUUAAUAUUUGGUGUACCAAAAGUAAAUUUGCAAAAUGAAGUAAAAACUUUGUCAGAACGCUACGGUACCAUAGAGUUUUGCAAAUGUGUCACAAAAGAAAUGUGUGAAAAAAUUGUAUUAGAACAAUUUACAGAUGUUUUUCAUGUGAAGUACAAUCAUAUUGAGAGGGCACGGCGUGCGAAACGAUUUAUAGAUCGAUUGGAGUUUUACGGUGGAAUUUUGCAUGUAUCCUAUGCGCCAGAACUGGAAACAGCAUUGGAAACCAGACUAAAGUUACAAAAACGAAUUCAUGAAAUUAACCAUCGAUUGAAAAAAAACCAGCAAAACUCUCAAAACCUUUGAAACGAUAAGUUUUUUAAAAAAUCGUGUACAGUUUAAUUAAUAGUUUUAUCAAAUAAGU